CUCGCCCACCUGCACUGCACGGUAUACAUGUGCCCGCCCCCGCCCCCGCCGCCCGCCCCGAUGCUCUGUUGAGGAGGUAGCGGCGAGGUGGUGGUAGCCAGCCGAAAGAAACAGAGCACAGCUGAGCCGAGAGCCUGCCCGCGGCCUGCGACAAGGAAGGAAGGAAGGAAGGAAGAUGGACUCCUCCACCGCGGUGGCGGCGCCGCUGCUGGAGGCCGGCGGCAAGGAGAUGCGGCACCUGGGCCGCACCGCGCACAACAUGUCCUCCUCCUCCCUCCGCAAGAAGUCCGACACCUCGCUCGUCCGCAAGUUGCCCUGCGCCGCGCUCCGAGGCUUCCUCUCCACCCUCCAGGAGGUGCUCUUCGGCACAAAGCUCUUCGUCCUCUUCCCCGCCGUCGUCCUCGCCGUCGUCGCCAGAUACAUGCGCUUCGGCCAGGUGUGGCUCUUCGUGCUUAGCUUAAUUGGGCUAAUUCCUCUUGCAGAGCGACUCAGUUUCUUGACGGAACAGAUCGCUUUCUACACAGGUCCCACUGUUGGUGGACUGUUGAAUGCGACGUUCGGCAACGUCACCGAGGUUAUCAUCGCGCUAUUCGCCCUGAGGGAAGGCAAGAUAACGGUGGUGAAAUGCUCCCUGCUCGGCUCCAUCUUGUCCAACUUGCUGCUUGUCCUCGGCACCUCCCUCUUUUUUGGUGGGCUGGCAAACCUCGGUGUCGAGCAGCCAUACGACAGAAAGCAAGCAGAUGUCAGCACAGGGCUUCUAAUUCUUGGUGUGCUAUGCCAAUCAAUGCCGCUGAUGCUGAGGUAUGCAGUAAGCGCCGGUGAGCAUGCAGUAAACUCCGACGAUUCAGGAUUGGUGCUAUCCCGGGCGUGCAGCGUUCUCAUGAUCCUGGCCUAUGGAGCCUACCUUUACUUCCAACUGAAGACGCAUCGCCAGCUCUUUGAGCCCCAGGAGGUUGAAGAUGAUGGUGAUGAUUUGGUCUCUGAAGAUGAGGCGGUACUGGGAUUUACAAGUGCGAUGGUUUGGCUAGCAGUCAUGACUGUGAUAACCGCCUUACUGUCAGAGUAUGUCGUUAGCACAAUUGAGGCGGCCUCAGAAUCCUGGGAACUAUCAGUGAGCUUCAUUAGCAUCAUCUUGAUUCCGAUUGUCGGGAAUGCAGCAGAGCAUGCUGGGGCAAUCAUAUUUGCUUUUAAGAACAAGCUGGACAUCACCCUCGGAGUAUCUCUGGGGUCAGCUACGCAGAUUUCCAUGUUUGUGGUGCCACUGAGUGUCCUUGUGGCUUGGGUCAUGGGGGUUCCAAUGGAUCUUGAUUUCAACCUGCUAGAGACUGGUUCUUUGUUCCUCGCAAUAUUGGUCACAAGCUUCACCCUCCAGGACGGGUCGUCGCAUUACCUGAAGGGACUGCUUCUCCUCCUUUGCUACGCCGUGAUCGGCGUGUGCUUUUUUGUCCUGAGACGACGUUCAGCUGAUGGAAGCAACUAAUCGGGUUCAGCCUAGCAGAUCGGCUUAGUUCAGGGUUCCCCGAAAACCGGACGGUGAUUAAGCUGAAGAUGGUGAAGAGAAGAAGGUAGUAGAGUACCUCCCUGGGCAGACGAGCGUGCAGGCAAGCCAAGCAGUAGGGCCUGCCUGCGUGUAAGAUUGUAGAUCGAGACUGAAUCAGGUGUUUAUGGUCAUCGCAGUCCUGUAAAUUAAUCGAGUUUAAUGUAUCCAUUAGUGCACCUAAAAAGCUAAGGUGGCUACGGAGGUAAGGCUGGAGGGACUAACAGGCACAGUGAAAAACACACACCCCUUUGCAUC